AUGAAUUAUGGUGAUAUUGCUGCAACAGGACAUCCAGUGGAGGCUGGUUAUGAUACUAUAAACUCCAUAAAUUACUUUGUGAUUCCUGGAUCAAACAAUGGAAGCUCCAUCUCAAACCUCAACACCUCCAGUAAUGUCAAUGUUCCAGGUCGAUGGGCCUUCAGAGUGGACACUGGACCACACACAAUCACCAACCUUCCCUUUGACCCCUGCAAUAAAUAUACUGUACUGGACGAUCCUUGGAGAACCACAGACAAUCGAGAACCCAUCGUAAUUGGAUGUGACUCUACAUUAAGCUGGUUCGGCUGGUAUCGUCUUUUCAUUAAUGGUCACAGCGUUCAGAUGCCAGACACAUGUGUUGAUAUGAAUAGUUGUGGCACUAUUGCCCCACUGUGGCUGAGUGGAGGACAUCCAACAGUUCAGGAUGGAGUGGUCACUCGAGAUGUCUGCGGUUCCCUUGACAAUAUCUGCUGCAAUUACCAGUCCAAUCCAAUUAAAGUGAAAGCCUGCCCAGGAGGGUAUUAUGUCUAUAAAUUAGUAAAACCUGUUAGCUGCAGUUUGGGCUACUGUGCAGGAUCAGGAAACAUCUACACAUUUGGUUCAGAAGGAGGAGACUCGAUAAAUCCUGCUGUUGAUGAUGGAAGCUCCUCUGUUAUUCCACUGUUGAGUCCGUUUCAGUUCUUUGGCCGCACAUACCAGCAGAUUUAUGUUAAUAAUAAUGGAUUCCUCACAUUCAGCCAGGCUUCUUCACAGUAUGCUCCCUACUUAUUUCCAGCUUAUGGAAGUCAAGAUAUAAUUGCUGGACUCUGGACUGACCUUGAUAACAGUAAACGAGGAGUCGUCUCUUAUCAUCAAUACACUAAUGGAAGUGUUCUCACUCGCGCCACUCAGGAUAUCAACAAUUAUUUCCCAAAUCUGAACUUCACUGCUUCUUGGGUUUUUGUUGCAACAUGGAAUAAAAUGUCUUACUACAGCUUGAUCAGCACAGAAACAUCGUUUCAGGUGGUUUUAAUUUCAGGCAGUAAUUAUUCAUUUAUUCUGAUGAAUUAUGGUGACAUUGCUGAAACAGGACAUCCAGUGGAGGCUGGUUAUGACACGAUACACUCCACAAACUACUUUGUGAUUCCUGGAUCAAACAGUGGGAGCUCAAUCUCAAGCCUCAAGAACUCCAGUAAUGUCAAUGUUCCAGGCCGAUGGGCCUUCAGGGUGGACAGUGGACCAAGUAACAUUAUCUUGAAAAACACUGUUGCUGGAAUUCAAGUGAGUUUUUCCUCAUAUUUAGACCUCACACAGAGUGGAAACGUUCAGUUUGUUUUACAGCGAGUCAAUCAGGAGCUGGUCAAAUAUGGUCUGCAAAACAACACAGUGCUGAAAUUAAAAAAACUGCUGAGGAUAUAUCCGUAAAUAGCCUUAAAAAAAAAAAAGACUUAGUUAAUUAGAUUAACUAGGCAGGUUAGGGUAAUUAGGCAAGUUAUUGUAUAACGAUGGUUUGUUUUGUUGACUAUCAGAAAAAAAAAUGCUUAAAGUGGCUAAUAUUUACGUUCUUAAAUAGGUUUUUAAAAAAAUUAAAAACUGCUUUUAUUCUAGCCUAAAUAAAACCAAUAGGACUUUCUCCAGAAAAAAAUAUAUAUAUUAUCAGACAUUCUGUGAAAAUUUCCUUGCUCUGUUAAACAUCAUUUGGGAAAUAUUUGUUAAAAAAGAAAAAAAAAAUCAAAGGGGGACUAAUAAUUCUGACUUUGACUGUAUAUAUGCUCAACAUAAAUAAGUAUACCCUAUUUGAAAACGAAUUUUUUUUUAUGAAAUUCUUAGUAAAUAUGUCAUUUAUUUUGGUGCAUUUGAAGAAAACAGAUUUAACAAGUAAACAUAAUUAUCAAAAUAGUAUUUUAGUCACCGAACAUCUUUAGAAAUAGAAACUUUAUACAUUUAAAUUUAUGCAUAAUAUAAA